AUGCUGCUGUCUCCGCCAUUACCUGUCGAGCUACUUGAGCUCAUCGUCGAGCACCUUCCUCAGCGCGACAUCCCAUCUGUUCUCAGGGCAAACAGCCUGUUUCAUGAUAUUUCAGUACGCGUUCUGUACCGCGACAUUCUAGAGAUGUCCCCACUCAAAUGCGUUACUUGUCUCUCCACCCUCGCAUCCAAGCCGACCCAUGCACGGUUCGUGCAACGCCUACAGAUCGACUGGUCAGGCCACAAGGUUAUCGGGACCUUGCUCCGCUUGUUGCAGCGCGCGUUGCAGCAAGUCAAGUCACUGAGGCAUCUCUCGCUCGAGCUAUCGUCUCAGGACAAUCAGUUCAACUUCUCAUGGCUGUUCUCUGGGGUCCAGUUCUCCCUACACACACUGGCAACCUCCGCGCGCUGCGAUGGUGCCCUUGCGGAGUUCCUGGAGACGCAGCCUCUGAUUCACGAACUCUCCCUGCGUGGAUUUCAGACGAGCAUGCCUUUCAUUCUGUCGCCCUCCGCUCUACCCCGCCUCACGUCCGUCCGGUCCGUGCACGCCGGCAUACCCGUGCUGGAACAGGUCAUACGGGGACGGCCCGUCGAGGCCGUAUCUAUUUCUUUGUUCGCAGAAGAUGGCUACGCGAUACUGGACACGGUCCGGUCGUCGAGCAGACCCAUCAAGCGUAUCACCGUCAUGGCGUUGGACAACAGACAGCCAUCCAAGCUACUGUUGGAAAUGUCCGAGCGCUUUCCACAACUGGAGGCGCUUCAUGUCGUAGUGCUUCUAGCGUUUUACGAUCAUCAAACCCUCCUCACAUUCGCCCCCUUCCUGUCCAGAUUCGCCCACCUGCGUUAUGUUACAUUCGUGGCUGGCUUCGGCGCCCGCUUCGACGAGGAGGGAGAAAUAGUCAAACAAUGGCACAAGUCGUGCCCAACACUCAAGACCAUCAUUUUGCCCAAGGGGCAGGUGUGGUUUGAGCGUGACGGGAAAUGGACCUGCUCGCUUUGA